AUGGAAGAACGCCACACGGGUACCGUAAUAUCAACAAAAUUUCAAACUAUUCUUGAAGAAUGGGGCAUACACCUUGAAAGAGUGCAUUGCAUGGUCCGUGAUCGUGGAUCUAACAUGUUUAAAGCAAUGCAAUUGUCAGGCUUUGAGGAUGUCAAUUGUGCUAUACACCAGAUCCAACUUUGCAUUCGAGCAAGUGUUGAAUCUCAAGAAUGGCUCUUACAACUUACUACUAAAUUGAGAAAAAUUGUUACACAUUUCAACCAUUCUCUGGUUGCAAGCUGA